AUGAGGGAGGGUCUCUGCCGACCGCCCGCUGCUUAUUGUUUGGGCUCCAGAGGCUGCUGCCUACAGCCUAAUCCUCCUCCAGGGCUUCGUUCCUCGCUCAUCCCUCGGUCCCACUUGGGACCGUCCGAGUCCCCCAGUGCUGUCCGCCGGGGGCGCCGGGACGCCAGCCUCAGCCGCCCUUCGCUGACCGCGCUCUCUUUUGCUUUGCAGGUUGGCACCUUUGCACCCGAGGGUGUCGCGAGCCGAGGCGGCGAGGACCGGGCCCCUCUGGCCCAGCCAGCCCGGCGGGAUGCGGCCCCGGCAGCAGCGCUAAUUGCCCCCACGCUGGGCACCCGGCGUACGCGCUCGGGUCGGCAGGCGGAGCGGCAGCGGCGGAGGGGAUGA